UUAUCGUAAUCUAGUAACUUGAAUACUAAGGCAGUUCCAAAGUCUGAACAACAAACAACUUUCGUGGUUGCACACUUUUUGUUAUAGUGAAUCACUAAACCGACUACGUAGGCAUGAAGAGAGGGAGAGAAGAGGGUGAGUUAGAGAUGGCUAAUUGUUUGAUGCUAUUAACCAAAGUUGGUGAGAGUGAAAGCAACCCAUCAAAGGGUGGAGAGUUAGAUAAUAUUGGUGGUUUUAAGUGCAAAACAUGCAAUAGAAGGUUCUCUUCAUUUCAAGCCCUUGGUGGGCACAGAGCAAGCCACAAGAAACCGAAGCUAAUGGUAACAGAUCUUUCGUGCCAUCAUGAAAACCAAAGCAUGAAACAACCUAGGAUGCACCCGUGUCCCAUUUGUGGGCUUCAGUUUGCUAUUGGACAAGCUUUGGGAGGGCACAUGAGAAAGCAUAGAAGUGUUGUCAAUGAUGGUUUGGGGACUCGUAAAGCUUCGUUGUCCAUCUUGAAGAAAUCCAAGAAUGCUGAAGGGAUGAAUUUGUGCUUGGACUUGAACUUGACGCCGUUGGAGAAUGAUCAUCUUAAGCUCAACCUCAAUUGUUUCAUUUGAUUGGAAUUUUUGUACACAAUGAGAUUCUUCUUCUUCUUCUUUUUUUUUUUUUAAUAUAUAUAUAGAUUGGUUUACUUUUGUAAUUUAUUAUCCAUACGUCUCAUUGGAGUAGUUCAUUUGUAGUCAUGUUGUGUUAAUAUGAAACUUCCUAGUUCUUAUCCCAUUCUUUGCUGAUUGCCUAA